AUGAUUGAUCAAUAUAAACAUCAACAACUCCGAAUUGGAUCGGUCUCUCCUCAACAAAUAAUUGCUUGGGCAAAAAAAGUCUUACCUAAUGGAGAGAUAGUUGGGGAGGUAACAAAGCCCUAUACUUUUCAUUACAAAACUAAUAAGCCUGAAAAAGAUGGAUUAUUUUGCGAAAGAAUUUUUGGACCUGUAAAAAGUGGAAUUUGUGCUUGUGGAAAUUAUCGAGUGAUCGGAGAGAAAAAAAAAGACAACCAAAAAUUUUGCGAACAAUGUGGGGUAGAAUUUGUUGAUUCUCGGAUACGUAGAUAUCAAAUGGGCUAUAUAAAACUCGCAUGCCCAGUAACCCAUGUGUGGUAUUUGAAACGUCUUCCUAGUUAUAUCGCGAAUCUUUUGGAUAAACCUCUUAAAGAAUUAGAAGGUCUAGUUUACUGCGAUUUUUCGUUUGCUAGACCCGUCGUUAAAAAGCCUACUUUCUUACGAUUACGAGGUUUAUUCGAAUAUGAAAUCCAAUCCUGGAAAUAUAGCAUACCACUUUUUUUUACUAUACAGGGUUUCGAUACAUUUCGAAAUAGAGAAAUUUCUAGUGGAGCGGGUGCUAUUCGAGAACAACUAGGCGAUCUGGAUUUGACAAUUCUUAUAAAUUCUUCAUUAGUAGAGUGGAAAGAAUUAGGAGAAGGGGGAUCCACGGGCAAUGAAAAUGAAUGGGAGGCUCGAAAAGUUGGAAGAAGAAAAAAUUUUUUGGUUCGACGUAUAGAAUUAGCUAAACAUUUUAUCCGAACAAAUAUAAAUCCGGAAUGGAUGGUUUUAUGUCUCUUACCAGUUCUUCCCCCCGAAUUGAGACCCAUUAUUCAAAUCGAUGGGGGAAAACUAAUGAGCUCAGAUAUUAAUGAACUCUAUCGAAGAGUUAUCUAUCGGAACAAUACUCUUAUCGAUCUAUUAACAACAAGUAGAUCUACGCCAAGCGAAUUAGUAAUGUGCCAGGAGAAAUUGGUACAAGAAGCCGUGGAUACGCUUCUUGAUAAUGGAAUCCGCGGGCAACCGAUGAGGGAUGGUCAUAAUAAGGUUUACAAAUCAUUUUCAGAUAUAAUUGAAGGUAAAGAGGGAAGAUUUCGCGAAACCCUGCUUGGCAAAAGGGUUGAUUAUUCGGGGCGUUCUGUUAUUGUAGUAGGACCAUCACUUUCAUUACAUCGAUGUGGAUUACCUCGCGAAAUAGCAAUAGAACUUUUCCAGACAUUUGUAAUUCGUGGUCUAAUUCGAAAGCAUUUUGCUUCGAACAUGGGAAUUGCUAAGAGUAAAAUUCGGGAAAAAGAACCGAUUGUAUGGGAAAUCCUUCAAGAAGUUAUGCAGGGGCAUCCCGUCUUGCUAAAUAGAGCGCCUACUCUGCAUAGAUUAGGCAUACAGGCAUUCCAACCUAUUUUAGUGGAAGGGCGCGCUAUUUGUUUACACCCAUUAGUUUGUAAGGGAUUCAAUGCAGACUUUGAUGGAGACCAAAUGGCUGUUCAUGUGCCUUUAUCUUUGGAAGCCCAAACGGAAGCUCGUUUACUUAUGUUUUCUCAUAUGAACCUAUUGUCUCCGUCGAUGGGAGAUCCUAUUUCCGUACCGACUCAAGAUAUGCUUAUUGGGCUUUAUAUAUUAACGAGCGGGAAUCGUCGAGGUAUUAGUGCAAACAGGUAUAGUCCGUGUAAUCGCAGAAAUUCGAAAAAUGAAAGAAUUUACAAUAAUAACAAUAGAUAUACGAAAAAAAAAAAAGAACCCUUUUUUUGUAAUUCCUAUGAUGCAAUUGGAGCUUAUCGACAAAAAAAAAUAAAUUUCGAUAGUCCUUUGUGGUUCCGCUGGCGGCUAGAUCAGCGCGUUAUUUCCUCAAGAGAAGCUCCUAUCGAAGUUCAUUAUGAACCGUUGGGUAUCUAUCAUGAGAUUUAUGGUCAUUAUAUAGUAGUAAGAAGUAUAAAAAAACAAAUUCGUUGUAUAUACAUUCGAACUACUGUUGGUCAUAUUUCUUUUUAUCGAGAAAUCGAAGAAGCUAUACAAGGUUUUUGUCGAGCCCAUUUAUAUAGUAUCUAG